UCCGCAGCAGGAGCCAUGCUCAACUUUGGAGCCUCUCCUUUGCAGAUCGCGGAGGAAAGUAUGGAGAUGAUUACCAAAAGGCAGAACAAUCAGAAGUAUUAUUGGAAUACCACUGAGAAGAGUGAUUUUGACGCGGUAGAAGCUCUGAUGUUCAUGAGUUGUAGCUGGAAGUCAGAUGCCAAGAAGUAUGUUGAACUGAGACCGAUAACGCCAGCAUCAGAUACAUCUGAAGAACUUGAGGACAAUCUGCUACCUCCUACUGACAUUCCUACAAUAUCAGCCUUUUGCCUAACUCCACCCUACAGUCCUUCCGAUCUUGACAUGUCUCAGGCAAUCCAACCAGCAACACCAGCACCAUCUGCUGUACAAAGCAAGUGCUGGAACGACAAGGUUCCAGCACCAAGAAUACUGAGAUCUCAGGCAACAAGUGUCAUUCGCCAUACUGCGGACGCUCAGCUUUGCAAUCGCAUAACUUGUCCGGCAAGAACUAUGAGUGUUUUGAAGCUUCAAGAUGAUAUCAAGACUGAGGCAAAUCAAACAGAACUGCAUUCAGCACCAGAGUUGCAGGAGAAACAAUGUCCAGUGCUGCCUAAUAGUCCAGUGCCUUUCAUCCAGACUGUAUCUGUCAGCCCUGUCCCUGUCCUUGGGUCAGUACAGCAACCAGCACUGGUCACUCCCUCUCCUCCUCUGCAUGCAGGGACACUCCCUUCUGUGCCUCUGGUGUGCCAGAUGGUUCCGCUCUCUGCUAACAACUCCGUUGUGACAACAAUAGUGCCCAACACUCCUUGCAGUCCAUUGACACCAAACCUUUGUCAGCCGAUGGUCUUCAUGGGAACCCAAGUACCCAAGGGAGCUGUCAUGUUUGUGGUGCCACAGACUGUUAUUCAGAAUCCAAAGGCACCAGUAAUCAGCCCUAACGGCACCAGACUCUCACCUAUUGCCCCAGCCCCAGGUUUAAUCCCUGUUGCAACAAAAAUCACUCCAUCCGCUGACUCCUUAAGGAUAAGAAGUCAUGUUUGCAACCAUCCAGGAUGUGGAAAAACAUAUUUCAAGAGUUCCCACCUGAAAGCUCAUGUUAGAACUCACACAGGAGAGAAGCCAUUCAGCUGUAGUUGGAAAGGCUGUGAGAGGAGAUUUGCACGUUCCGAUGAACUCUCUCGCCACCGUAGAACACACACAGGGGAGAAGAAAUUUGCCUGCCCAAUAUGUAAUCGGCGAUUCAUGAGAAGUGACCACCUAACCAAACACGCACGUCGCCACUUGUCAGCCAAGAAGUUGCCAAACUGGCAGAUGGAAGUGAGCAAGCUAAAUGAUAUUGUUGUAUCCCAUACUUCAGCUCCACCACAGUGAGGUAUAACCAUCCGAAGACGCUAUUAACUGGGUAUUGUCACUGUGGUUACAGAAGCAAACAACUUGCAGGCCUGGUUCCCAUUUCAGGCUCAUACAGAAGAAAUGGUUGUGUGUUUUCUGCGUGCCAGUGACCUAAGAGACAAGGGAUUUCUCUUUCACUUGGAGGAAGGAGCAACCGAAGUGUCAAUACCAAUGCAAGAAUGGGGCUUGAAACGUGUGUCAACUUCAUACACACUGUAGAUCAGCUUGGUGCAAACUAGAGAUGAGUGCAGGUAUUUCACAAGAAAUUGUUAGCAAAGCACAGGAGGAAAUGUCAGUUUCUGGUACAGAAUCGGGGGUAACAUUCAGUUUAUACUGAAAUGCUGUAAAUUCCUUGGAAGCAGAUAAAUUCAGUUUUAUUCUCUUCAGUUGUGACCGAUAGUGGAAAUCGAGUCACCAAGAGACUUGAGAAUAGUCUGUUUAUCUCCAUACCAUAAUAUAUCAAGUGUAACUAAUUAUAGCAUUUCUGAACAGUUGUCAAACAUGUAAUUAAGUUACGAUAUGGUUGGAUUAUUCUAACAUGGAAGUCUAAUAGUAUUUUUACUAUUCUUUUUGAAAACAUGAUUAGUAUCAUUAGUAGUACAUGCCCAUCUUUUGAUAUUUCUGCUUGUGGUUACAUGUAUGCUUUCCACUGCAUUUUCAAAACCUUGAUACAGUGCACUUUGUUUUAGCUAUAAUCUUAAAAGGUAACUAUGAAGCUUUUGUUUCUCUUUGAAGGAAGGAAGGACAAGAGUGACAUGCUAAUGCUACUUUCCGACAUUUUACUGUCUUUUAUAUUUUGAAGGUAUAGUUUAAAGCAGGCACGAGCAAACUUUGGCCCUCCUGGUGUUUUGGACUUCAAUUCCCACAAUUCCUAACAGCCUCAGGCCCUUUCCUUUUCCCCCUCAGCUGCUGGAGAAUGAUGUAAUAUCAAUUUUGUGACUACUUUAAAAUUUGCACAAUGUUUCUUACAAAGUACUUUAUACCUUGUUUACAAUAAAAAUCAGUUUCUUAAGAA